UUCUCUUCCUGAGACAAACAUCAACAGAUAUCACCUUCUCGAUAGAGUUAUAUGCUUCUCCCUUUUUCCUCAUAUCUCGCUUUAUCGAUUCUUAAAUUGAUUAAUACUGUUAUUGUUUAGACAUGAAAAUGGUGAUUUUAAUUAGCCUGAGUAGUCAAAUGAACGACAUUCAUUUGAACUCCAGAUUAGUUUGAGCUUGAUUCUUAUUUGGAAUCCAGAUUAGUUUGAGCUUUAUUCUUAUUUGGAAUCCAGAUUUGUUGAUUUUUAAACAUCCGAAAUUGAAUGAAUCGGUAGAUUGUUAAGUCUUUUUGUUUGUUUGUCCUUUCCAAUUGAAGUGAGUAUUAGAAAGGUUGAGACUUUAGACCAAUCUGCUUCAGCUUUGUUUGAGAUGUGUGGUUUUUUUAUUAAAAGUGUUGGUUUUUCGUGAUGUUGCAGACACCAGAGACUGGGAUUAAGACAAAGGAGUCUUAUGAGGUGAAUUCGAGAGGAGUUGAGAUCUUCUCCAAAAGCUGGCUUCCUGAAGCUUCUAGGCCUAGAGCUUUGGUUUGUUUCUGCCAUGGUUAUGGAGAUACUUGCACGUUUUUCUUCGAAGGAAUUGCAAGAAGAUUGGCAUUGUCGGGAUAUGGAGUUUUUGCUAUGGAUCCGGAAACAAAAAGUCUCAAAGUCGUUUCACCAUUUUGUGAGUUUACGAUGUUUCGGUUUACAAUGGAAGUGGAGGAAAACUAUAAUGGAAGUGGAAAGGUGUAGAGGCUAAAGAGACAAAUUUUAUGUAUUUUCUUAUUUUAUUUUUUGUAAAUAAACAAAUUUUAUGUAUUUUCUUAUUUUUUU